AUGGAAAACUACACCAUGGACUUGGCCGACUUGGCACUGACAACAGAAUUCGACUACAGCGAUUCAGCGCCAUGCAUGGGAACUGAGGAAAAGCACUUUGCAGCAAAACUUUUGCCACCACUUUAUUCUUUGGUGGUGAUAUUUGGCCUCACAGGCAACAUGCUCGUUGUCCUUAUCCUGGUAAAAUACAAGAGAUUGAAGAGUAUGACUGACAUCUACCUGCUCAAUUUGGCAAUUUCUGAUUUGCUGUUUGUAUUUUCUCUCCCUUUUUGGGCUUAUUACGCUGUUCACGACUGGAUUUUUGGGGAGGCACUGUGUAGAAUUCUCUCAGGUGUCUACCUCCUUGGCUUCUACAGUGGGAUCUUUUUCAUAAUCCUGUUGACCCUAGACAGGUAUCUGGCCAUAGUGCAUGCAGUGUUUGCUUUAAAAGCUAGGACAGUUACCUACGGCAUCCUCACCAGCGCUUUCACUUGGGCUGUUGCUAUUUUGGCUUCUGUUCCUGGGAUAGUAUUUCACAAAACUCAGAAGGAAAACUCACGUUACACUUGCAGUGCUCAUUAUCCAUCGGAGCAGAGAAAUGCAUGGAAGCAAUUCCUGACCUUAAAAAUGAACAUCCUGGGACUCGUUAUUCCAAUGUUAAUUAUGAUCUGCAGCUACACACAAAUUAUAAAGACAUUACUGCAAUGUAGGAAUGAGAAGAAACAUAAAGCAGUCAGGCUUAUUUUUAUCAUCAUGAUUGUCUACUUUUUUUUCUGGGCACCAUAUAACAUUUGCAUUCUCUUGCGUGAUUUUCAAGGUUCAUUUUCCAUCACUACUUGUGAAGGCAGCGGUCAAUUGCACAAAGCAACCCAAGUGACAGAAACAAUCUCAAUGAUCCACUGUUGUAUCAAUCCUGUGAUCUAUGCGUUCGCUGGAGAAAAAUUUAGGAAGUAUCUUCAUAGCUUUUUCCGAAAGCAGAUUGCAUUCCACUUCUCUAAAUACUGUCCCGUUUUCUAUGUUGACACAGCUGAACGGGCUAGCUCCACCUACACACAAUCUACUGGAGAACAAGAACUUUCUGCUGCAUUGUAA